CUGGGUCGCUCACCAUCUUUCUCGGCUCUGCUUUCGCGCUCUUGGGUAUCACUGCUAUCGUAUAGUCGGGGUCUAGCUGGAUGGACUAUUUCUCGAAGUUCCUGCGGUCAGGCACCCAGCCUGCGCCGAAGGCGGAGGUCGACCAUGCGCAGGAAUUCCACAAAUCAUGGGUGCUCGUCAAGAACACCCUCUUACACCCUGACGAACGUCAGUUGACUCGCGGGAUCAAGUCCACGGAUGUUCCUGCCCACCUUCAAUCUAUGGUGGACUCGCUGGUUUGGGAGUCGACGCGUACGGAGGAAGGGGCUACUGGCGCCUGCUUGGAGUACCUUCUCAAGAACGACAUACUGGGAACCCUGGUGAAACUGAGCGAAUCCGAUCGGCCCUUCGGUAUCCAGGCAGAAGUCCUCCGCGCAGUGCAGAACUUGGUAGUCCUCCUGGAUGAACAGUUCCUUGUCCACUCCGCAGUACACAAGGCCGUUCUACGGCUUCUUCGCAACUGCGUAGGGGACGAUUUACAAGAACAACUGGAUGGCAGGAACAAACCCAUGGGAGCGGCCGGGAACGCAAGCCGCACCCAGCCCUCCGAGUACGAGGAAGACUUGGUCAACCUGCUAUGCAUCUUGUGCAGUAGGAUACGGACUUACCGCGAGCUGCUCAUGAUAUUCUUCCACGACAAGCAGUGGUACCGGCCAGAACCCCUGUUUUCUGUCGAGGAAGAAGAGGAAGAGGAGGAGGAAGAGGAAAAUACGAAACCGGACGAGCAACCUUCUGAGCCUGCGCCCUCUGAUUCUAACGCGCCUGCACGGGCAACAUCUCCCUCUCCUUCCCACAACACAGACAACUCAGGGCUCGCUUCGUCCGCGACGAAGAAGCCUGAGUAUGAGUUCCUCUUGUUCAACUACCUUCUCCGCUUCUGGCAUCGAGAAGGACAAAUCGGCGACUUCGCGCGAGCCGGGUUGCUCUUCCUCAUGGAUGUUGCCAUGUCUCCAGUGGACACUUCGCACGGGUCAGGCGCGGAAGACCUGCGCUCGUCGACCUCUACCCUGUCUGCGAUGGAUAGUGAUCCCAACACUGACGCCGCACUUGCGCUCGCGGAGUACAUUCUGGACGGCGACUUUUCCGACGUUCUUGCGGCCGGUCUUGCAGCGGUGUAUUCGUUGCUCCCAACGAAACUCGAAGUCCGGCCGCCCGUUCCUGCCGAUACCACACCAGGAUCAGCUAUGAUCCUCGGUAACUCAGUGUCUGAUCUGUCGCAGGAGGAGAAGGAUAAGCUCGAGGCGGAGCGGGAAAGGAGCAGGGCCAUGGGGUUGGAGGAAUCGUCAAGUCCCGACUUCAAAGCACGACUUGAUCACUUCCUGAAGCUGCUAGAGUUCCUGCAGGACGUCUUCCGGCGUAAUGUCUCCCGGGAUCCUAACGACGACAGCCUCGACCCUACUCAACUAGUCGGGUCCGCGAUUGUGCAAUCUAUCCUCGACGCGUUCCGGCGCGUAUUCCUGGAGAACAUUCUGUAUCCCUCAGUCCUCGAGUGCUCAGAUGCGGACGGCAGCGCUGUCGCGGUGAUGUCGUAUAUCGAGGUCAUGAUUCGGACGCUCGAGAACGGCCAGCUUGCGGACUUGCUCAUCGACUUCCUGAUGAGCGAAGACAACGCAGAAGACCUCUCUUCAUCACGCAACCGCCCGUACUCCAUGCUCAUGCUUGGUGGGAAGCUGCCUCCAGUUGCAAAAUCCCAAGAGUCAAACCGCAAAGCGAAGCAACGGCGACGGAAGAGUACCGCGAUGGCGCUCCUCGAGAUGGAGGCUCCCGACGCUCGUCGAAAGUCGUCCUAUUUCACCGCCGUCGGACGGUUCACCCUCAAGGACCUCCUCCUAACCAGCCUGCGCUCAAAAUCCCAACCUACCGCCACUGCCGCGCUCCAGCUCCUCCAAUCUCUCCUCCUCCAGUACUGCACGCUCUGCGUGGAUCGCCUACUCGUCGUCAUUCACGAUCCCCAAGCCACCUCGUUCCCCCACCCCGCUAUGCUCCCGGAAGCCAUAGAAGAUAUCCCGCCUACACAGCCUGAGAACGACUCUGACGACGACGAGGCGUUCAUAUACCCCGGCACGGACGAUACCAAGAAGGCGUCAGAAGCCAAGCUCCCGGCGAUGGUCUUCAGCCAGCCCGAUACUACAUACUGGACGCACGAGCGCGAGAUGGGACUUUACCUCACGCUCGUCUCGCGGGUAGACCCGAACCACAACGAGGACGCGUUCAGCACCGGGUACGAUCACUACCUGCGAGAUGCCUUGCUCUCCAUCCAGGGCCAGUCGUGUUUCCGCCUCGACAUCGAGGAGGAGGAGAGGAUAAAGAUGAAGCACCGUCUCAACCCGAACGACCCCGUGCUUUCCCUGGUGCUCGAGUCGCUACGGAAAUUCUUCUCAAACACCCCGGAGAUGAACAUGGCCCUCACAGGCGCGCUCGCAACGCUCGCCCUCUGCCCAGACCGCUCCCUCGCCGGCUGGCUCACCUUCGCGCCAAAGGAGUCCCCGACGCCUUCUGGUGCUCGAGCCCAAGAUGACGACGCGCUUCUAUACUCGGACGACGGCGACGACCGCUCGAUCGACUUCCGGAUAGAGGAGAAGCUCGCAUCCGAGACACAUAUUCUCCCCGCGUCGAGCAUGGACGAGCAGUCCCGCCCGGUCAUUCACACGAUCUUCCACGGGCUCGUCUCGCAGCUCGAGCGCUACCGCCAGAUGGUCGACCACUUCGACCAGUACCUCCUCGAGCGCCGCCAGGGCCUGCUCUUCAACGAGAACCUCACGGACGCUCUCACGCUCGCGCUCGACUUCGAGGGCGGCCUCGUGCCGCGCUCCGCCGGGGCGGCGCUCGUGCAGUCCCCGGCGACGGAGAGGGCCCCCACACAGCUGAAGCCGCAGCCAAAGACCGCGUCGUCGACGAUCAUGUCCUUCCUCACCCCGAAGAAGAGCAGGCCGACCAAGCCCGCGCCGUCCGAGCCGACGACCCCCUCGCGUGGCUCGCGAGCACUGGACGCGAGUCCGUUCGGCCCGCACUACAUGAAGACGGGCGCGAUCACGGUCGAGCCAUACCUCGCUCCCGCGCCGUCGUCGGGCCCAUGGACCCCCGCGAAGUCGCGUAAAUGGGAUGCGGACGAGGAGGACGUGUUCGGAUCGUCGGGGCAGUGGGGCGAGGGGCCCGCCGCGUCCGAGAGUCCCGUGGAGGAAGCGGAAGAGGAGAGCGCGGCGAUCGUGCACGUUACGCUGUCGCAGUUGUUGGACAACGUCGUGAUCUUGGAAGAGUCGAUCAAGGAACUUGUAGCUAUCAUACAUGCGAGACGUAGUCUGGGCAUAGACGCGAUCCGGUACCUGUGAUAUAUCUGCUUGUAUUGCGGACUAUGUGUAUGAACUCACGGACGUUAA